ACAACUGAUAUACGAUUUUGUGUUAGUCCAUUUGCUUUUUAUUUUGCCUCUGUAAGGUAAAUUGUAAAUAAGUUAAAUAUUAUGUACAUGUUUAGCUUGAUAACAACUGAAUGGUAUGUCAGUUAUUGACUUUCUAUAAUAUUUUAUAGUGGAGGAAAUCAGUUGCUUUGUUCUACAGCUUUAACCACCUAAUAAACAACAUGUGUAUUUAUUCUCCAUAGAAUGACUUCUCCCGUUGCCAACCCUUUCUUAAUCAUUGUAAUGUAUUCAAUUUUAAAUUGUGAUUAAUAUGCGAAACUUAAUAUUGUGCACCAUAGAGACUCUGGGCGCUCUUGACGCACUCGAUAUCCCGACACGCUCUCCAGCCAUCUUUCACCCCGGCUUCCCGCUCGCCGCUUGUCGCCCACGCUUAGCGCAAAGCACAGAACAAAUGUCAUCCAAUUAAUCUUCAUAAGAAAAAGUGAAAUCAAAGACUGAAGGCGAUGUGAUUUCAAUGUGGCCAGCAAACAGGCUGGCAUAGAAUCAUUCAAGCGCUCCAUUCAACAUGUUCUUCUCCAGCGCAAUAAUAUUCCGUUUCAAAAUUGUAACACUUUGCGCUCUUAGUGCUGGUCUACCAUUUACACUAACCCAAUCCGCAUCCGCCGCUAUCACCGUCUCUGUCACCCCAACAACGUCGCAGGAGCAACAACUGCCGCAGCGCAUUUAUGGUUUGCUAGAUAAAUUGUUCACUGGCAGAAAACUGAAUGCGAGUGCCAAGUUUGCAUUGUUGCUUGCCGAAUUCCUGAUAAAACAGAAAAUGCGUUAUGUGGCCCCCACACGAUACGACCGUCAAUUGUAUUACCAUCUGCUGCAUCACAUGGAUCGUCUAAUGCGGAAUUCAAAUCAAAACAUGAAUCAAUUGGAAAAACAAAUACUGGACAACGCCUUCCAACGUAAUGUGCUGCUUUUGCCGCCCAGCCUGAAAUAUGGCGAGUUAAAUGCAAAUGCCGAGUACGAGCAGCUGGCCAUGAAUUAUGACAAUCUGGUUAAUCGGGGUCAACCUAAUAGCACACAAUCGGAUCGCUGCAUGCGUGAUAUAGUUAAUUUGAAUCCCAUUAAGUGCAAGCUCAGCCUGGACUGUCUACAAGUGUUGACUAGCGAGGCUUCUGCAUAUGGUUAUCAGCGCACUCAUCAGGUUCUGCUGCUUUUUAUGCUUUCGCAUCACGCUUGUGCGCCCGUUUUAAGUCCUCCUCAGCUCUAUGAGGAGUUGGCUAAGAGUCACUGCAACGAAAUUUUGAGUGAACAAAAUGCUAUACGUAGCCUGGCCUUGGGAAUGGGCAAGUACAAGGACUUGUAUUUGGAGCAAGCAACAAUCUGUGGUCUGUAUGGUUAUAAUGAGUUUCUCAACUGGCGAAAUGUGAUGGAAAUUGACAGUUGGUUUCCCGAUGAUGACCUCAAUAACGAGCACAUUAACGACUUGGCUCUGGUGUUCUAUAUAAAUGCGCUGCUGCUGCUGCAUUAAACGAUGUUUGUUGCCGACGACGAUGAUGCUGUUUAUGCUUAAUAUGUAUUUUGCUUGCUAACUGUUGCUUCUUCUCUCGCUAUCUCCCUCUCUAUCAUACUUGCUAAAUGCUUUAUAACGGAAUAAAGUGCGGCUUUAUUGCUUGACAGCUUUGCCAUGACGAGUGGGAGUGAGAAAGAGUUGUAUGGGCGUUGUAUGCUACUUAAUAUUGGGGGAGUGAGUGAGACAGUAGUUAAUACUUUUGUUAUUGAACAGCGUGAGAAUGCAUGCGGUUGGUUGGUUGGAAAGGGAAGAGGGGGAUGGCGUGUCAGGUGCUUGUCAAGCAGACGCCAUUUGUAAUGUGACACAUUAGUUGCGCCUGGCUGCCUGGUUGAUGGAUGCGACGACAGCGAAGAAAGAGGAAGAGCAGGAAGACGACAACAACACUUUCCAUUACAAAAUGUGCUCGCAUUGAAGUGGAAUACUAAUAUUUGUCCUGACAUACUCGAGAAACAUGCCAACAUGGAAGCCAGUCAUGAGCUGUAGCUCCAGCUCCAGCUGCAUGUUCAGGAUUCAGACUGAGCCUGGGGUCGGGUUGGGUCGGGUCGGGAUAUUAAUGCCUCAUUUGCUGCAAGUUCCUGUUGUUGGGCUUUGAACUGCACCCACUAAGCUGCCUUGCACAAAAGAGACCAACAAACACACACACACCCACACACACAGAGACUUACACUCGAUGAUAUCCAUGUCAGAGACCGGCCCUUUGCUCUGGUAAAUGCAAAAGGCAAAAAGGACUUAGAGGCGCAUUGUCGAGGGCCAUGAAUAGCACUGGUCAUUAGCAAAGUUGACUGUCAGUGCAACAAGAGCAACAAUCUGUUGUUGACUGCGAGAUACCCGACAGCCAUGUUGGGCAAGAUAAUUAUGGUGAUCAAAGCAACUGGAUAUUUAUUAACAAUAAAUAUUAAAGGAAUAUAUUAACACAAAACACUCUUUAUUGUCAUUCGUCUGUUAUACCCUUCUUUGUCUUCAAAUACCGGAUAUAGUAACCAACAAUUGCUGCUCCCCCAAAAAGAAACUCCAACUUAUGCACAUGGUCAAGCCAAGUCUCAGUUACACAGUUACAUGGCCCCACAGGAGCUGAGGAAGAAGCAGAGGUAGCAGCAGCAGGAGUUGCGACUUGUCUAUUAUUUCGUUUUCAUUUCUUCUGUCACUUUCUGUCAUCAGCACCCCUGGGGCAACAAGAACAACAAUUACAACCCUUGCAACCUGAUCAGCUGUCGUUUGCUGACUUACAGCCUGCCCACUGCCCUUCAUUUCUCGUCACGUCCUACACCUCGUCUUGAUGUUGUUUGUUUUUACUUCUGCUGUUGCUAUUGUUGUUGUUAUUGUCCAUGCGUGUCGUUGAGUUCAUUAUUGGCUUACGCAAAUCUAGCGGUGUGUGGGUGUCUGCGAGUGUGUGUGUGUGUCACACUCUCAAGUGUCGGUCGCCUCUGUAGGUGUUUAUUGUGAUGUUAAGUUGCUGGUAAACAGCAACAACAAACUGUUGUUUAACAGAGCGCCACAAUCGGCUGCAGUUGACAGCUUGGCUCUCUGCUCUCUCUCUCUCUCUCUCUAUGUGCUGUUGUUGUAACCUGAGCCCAGAAUGUUUUGCAUGUUUCAAUUCCUUGUGUUUCUCGCAUGCGCCCAAAACAAAAAGCGCUCUCUGAGCGUUGGUUGUGGGUGUUUUGGGGGAGGAAUAAGAGUCUGGUAGGAUUGCCAGAGCAGUCAGUUAAGUCCAUAUCAUGCGCAGCUGACCGGAAUCACUUUCAUAUAAAAUUAUUAUUUCAAUUGCAAUAAAAUAAACUUUUAAUAUAUUUAUGGUAUUCAAUGCAGCACGCAAUUAAGCUCAGAUAAAUGUGUCAAUUGUAUAUUGUUUAAUUGAUGCCCCUAAUUGUUGUGCAUUCUGGCAACCCUAAACCACCCUGCCAGUUCAUAUUUGGCGCCUCGGAUAAUCACCUAACGGAUACUACAACCUACAAUUGCGAUUUGGGCAUAGUAAGAACAGUAACAACAACAACACUAGUCUUUAUCUCUUUCUCACUCUCGCUGGGUACUUUACGUUCUACAUGCGUAUCUCUCUGUCUCUGUCUCCGGCAACUGUGCUGCCACAGUUGGGCACUUUUGCUCGGCCAAAGAGCCAAAGAGAGUUACGUUGUUUCGCCAUCGUUCCAAUCAGGCAACAUUUCGGUUUCGAUACGCGCAGUAGUCUCCCGUCAAUUAGAGUGUAAAAACGUUACGCUCCGAAACAAAAACGGCUAAGCGGAACGGAGCCGCAAUACACAGACAUCCUUUCGCAGGAUACAACCAAAAUAUUACAUAUACACACAAACAACAACAACAAGAAGCAGAGCUGUAGCUGCAGCACAAAGCCCGAGCCAAUAAAUAACUAAACAAAAUAAACGCGAUACGAAUUUGUUCAUCAUAGAAUUUGGGGGAAAUGUAAAUCCCUAAAAAAGAAGCUGCAAAAAUAUUCAGGCAAAUGUGCAAUGUGAGAAAGACAGCUUAAAAAAUAAUUGUGUGUGCGUGUGCGUGUUUGUGUGUUGUACGUGUGCGUGUGCGUGUAUGUGAGUUAAUGUAAAUACCACGAAAAUCGCUGAA